AUGCCGGGGCUGGAGGACGAGCCCGGUCCUGCGGAAGAUGUCGAGAUUCCCAGUAGGCGAGUUUUGGUUACUGGUGCUACAGGGCUUCUUGGCAGAGCUGUGUUUAAAGAAUUCCGUGAAAACAACUGGAAUGCAGUUGGCUGUGGAUACAGGCGAGCUCAGCCCAGGUUCGAACAGAUAAAUCUUCUGGACUCCAUUGCAGUUCAUGACAUUAUCCAUGAUUUUCAGCCUCAUGUUGUAGUGCACUGUGCUGCGGAGAGAAGGCCGGAUGUUGUAGAAAGUCAUCCAGAUGCUGCUUCUCAGCUCAACGUGGCUGCUUCAGGGAACCUGGCAAAAGAGGCAGCUGGAGUUGGAGCGUUUCUGAUCUACAUUAGCACAGACUAUGUAUUUGAUGGAACAAACCCUCCUUAUAAAGAGACUGACGUACCAAAUCCCUUGAAUUUAUAUGGGAAAACCAAACUGGAGGGUGAAAAGGCAGUCCUGGAAAAUCAUGAAGGUGCUGCAGUACUUCGGAUUCCGGUCUUGUACGGAGAGGUAGAGAGGCUGGAGGAAAGCGCUGUCACAGUUAUGUUUGAUAAGGUGCAGUUCAGUAACAAAUCUGCCAACAUGGACCACUGGCAACAGAGAUUUCCUACGAACGUCAAGGAUGUAGCAGGUGUCUGCAGACAACUAGCAGAGAAGAGAAUGCUGGACCCAUCAGUAAAAGGAACAUUUCACUGGUCUGGCAAUGAACAGAUGACGAAGUACGAAAUGGCGUGUGCGAUUGCAGACGCUUUCAACCUUCCCAGCAGCCACUUGAGACCAAUCACUGAUUGUCCAGUCGUGGGUGCCCUUCGUCCGAGGAACGCUCAGCUGGACUGCUCCAAGCUGGAGAUGCUGGGGAUAGGUCAGCGAACGCCGUUUCGGGCUGGGAUCAAAGAAUCGCUUUGGCCUUUCCUUGUUGACAAGAGAUGGAGGCAGACAGUCUUCCAUUAGUUUGUAACUUUUUUUGGUAAAAGUACGGUAUGUGGCACUUUUUUAAGAGAAAAAAAAACCAAAUAGUUUUGUAUGGGUGUUCUUAAAUCGUGACAUGGAGUUUUAAUUUAAUCAGGUAAACAUAUGGUCUUGCACUAGUGAAAUUGUUAGCCUAGAAAAAGUUCAGUGACAAAACCUGAGCCCAUUGGAUGUCCUGGAUCUGUCCCUCCAUCCAUCCCAGUCUGAUUUAACGUCUGUUCCCAGUGGAUCAUGGUUCUUAGCAGUCAGUACCAUUUGAUGCUAAGGACGACUCGGAUCACCUGUAGACUUCCUUUUGGCUGAAAUACGUCGUUGAUG